CCAAACAUCGCCAGACACUCAGCCGUUCGAACACGCCAACGAUGGCGCCUGGCCGUGCCACUCUCUCGCAGACGGGCCCCCAAAAUGAUUGCCGAAGAGGAUCUUGCGCGUGUGAGGGAGCACAUCGCCCGCGCGGUGGCCGAGCGCAUUGUGGAGGCGACGGGGAUUGAUUGGGCAGCGAUCAAACAGCUCGAGAAGCCCAUACUGCGUCUUCAGGCCUGUCUCCAGGAUGGCUCGAAACAUGCAGCCAACCAGUGCAUACCCGGGCCCAUCAUCGCCCAUCUCAUAGACCUGUCAGGGAUUGUGCACCCGAGUCGGGCGUCCUCCGAGGGCCCUGAACUCGAGAGGCUCCCCGUUGGCAGCGGUGGCAGCAAUGGCAGCACUGGCAACAGCAACAGCAACAGCCUCCUUCAGGUCCAACAGAGACAUGCCGGCACCAAACAGCCAUCAACAGCAUCCACCCCGGCUCCUAUCAUCCUGCCAGAUGCUACAAGGAUCACGCCGCCCGAUUCCGAAGAGGGAUCUAGUGCCGGUGCCACGCCCACAUGCUCCGACGAGGUUGCCGAAGCUUCGGCUGGUAGGAGUCGAAGACCGCUCGGUGGGCUCAGGCCGGCACGCAGGGAGCAGAGUGCGGUCGAUCUCGAGGACGAGCCCAGCAGCCAGAGGCAGAUAUCAACUGGCGACAAGUUCCCCAAGCGCCGGAAACAGCAGCCCACCGGCCACGUCCUGCAGCCGUCCACCCUCGAUAAGCUCAUCCGUGGCAUUUGGGAACAGCUCCACGGCAGCCUCAGCCUCGACCCUCAGAACCUGCUCGACCAGGUCCAGCUCCGGCCGGUAGAGGCGGCACCCUCACCCUUCGACGAGGUGAACUCAAAACUGGGCCUUGUGCUGCAGCCAGGUGGCCAGGGAAGCAUUGUCCAGGACAGCGUGUAUGACAGCAGCCGGUCUUUCAAGCGCAGCAACGUGUUCUGCAGCCAGGUGACGCAGGCGAGCCGUGCGUGCCGAUCCCUAGAGGUCAUUGUUCAGGCCCGUUGGGUUGAGCACUUUGAUGCGUACGUCGACAGUCUGGCGGCGAAUAACACGCUCACGCCUCGGAGUCGCUUCAACAAGGCCGCCCUCAUGGAGGCCUGCACAGACUUUGGGUGGUCUGAGAAGGAACUACGGAACAAGAUGUCAAUCUGGCGCGGCUACAAUGAGAUCAAACAAGCCGGUGGCUGGGCAUCACUCGUCUUUGCGGGCAUGGGCAUCUACAGGUUCUGCAAGUACCGGAUCGGAUUCGACAAGGACAGCAUGCAGCGCCUGCGCAACCUCAAGCCUGCCAUCGAGGUUACAGCAGACACGCUGCACCCAAACUGGAGGCAACUGCUCACCGCGAUAGGCGAGCCCUCUAAGCAGAUAUACCGGGGCCAUCCCCACGACUAUGUCAUCUCCCUGGAUGGCUCUUCACCCGUCCCACUUCGAUCAACGUAUCUGCAAUGGGAUCCGGACUUUUCAUACCAGCACCUUGACGAGCCCGUCAUUGACGAGGUCGCCUGGGGCUGCGACGACCCGCGGUGGACGCCGCCGACCACGAGCAUCAGCGGCGAGCCAUCCGCACUGCCACUCUGCGACACGUGCGGCAAGGAGCAGUCCGACGACCCAAAGCUGAACUCGUGCUUUUGCUUCCCGACCCUCUUCGGCGCAGCAAAGCCCCUCCCUACCCCGGUGCUCAUCUUCCGCACCCCCGAUGGCCGGAACAACGGCCUCAUGGCGCUCUGCGCCUUCGAGCGCGGCGCCCCCGUCGGCGAGUUUGUCGGGCUCGUGACAAAGGGCCUAUCCGACGUCGACGUCAUGGAGAGCGCGGUGUCGGCCGGUGCUGCCAAGUACCAGAUCUGGCAGGGCCGGCAGGGCAACUUCACGCGCUUCGUCAACCACAGCUGCAAGGCUAACGCGCAGUACCAGCGCUUCACGUGGCUGGGCACGCAGCGCAUCAUUCUCGUCAGCAAGGGCAUAGAAGCUGGCACCGAGAUCAGUGUCGACUACAGCGACAAGUACUGGAGGGGCCUGGACAAGAAGUGCUUGUGUGGGGAGAGCUGCUGCCGGUACCGCAGGGACGGGAUUGAUGUGGGCUCGUGAAUGAAUGAAUGAAUGACUUGGCAUAUCACGUGGAGUCUCGGAGUUUGGUCAAAUAAUUCCAACAAAAGGUAUUUCCAUGAAAUUUACGCGUCAGGGUAUAUCGUAACAGCAAAAUAAGUACAGGAUAGGCCCCGUUAGAUCGGGCUGACCUCAUCCGGGUUCCCCCUCCUCGGCUCGCGGCUCGGCGGGUCCUCGUGCGGUGUCAUCGUCUUCCACGUCCCGCUCUCCCUGUCAUAGCUGUCGCCCACCGAGCUUGUCCACGACGCCCCGCUGGUCCUCCUCGUGUUCCCCGUCAGGGACCUCGACACCCCGUGGCCCUUGGGGGCAGGCUGCAGCGGGGGCGGGUAGAGCGCCGUCUGGGGCACAAAGGUCGACCUGACGCUGUCGUUUACCGAGUCGUCGCCCGUGGCCCAGCUCCGCGCGCUCAGUGGCUGGCCUGGUGUCUGGGGGCCCGGGGCGACGAGAUACGUCGCGGUUGUUGGUGUUGGUGCCACCGAUGGGGUGACGCCGUUGUAGCUUGGUGAUGGGGGAACCGGCAUCCGUGCGGACAUGGGAGUGCUGGGUGCCGUCAAUGGGUUACUGUUGAGUGGGUUUGCGCCGCCGCCGGGGAGCCACCGCUGAGUGCGCAGCCAGCCGGCCACGGAGUUCCGUGAGCCGGUCUGGGCUACUGUCUGUGGGCUGGCAGGCGCUGGCAUGUGAGUUUCGGGCCGGCUGGUGUUUGUCGAGCCAUAGCCGGGGUUGGCGGUGCCGUCCUCCGCGGCAUACACUGCCUUCCAGCAUUCAUCCAUGAGCAUGGAGUUGGACCUCUGCCUCUGGUGGUUGUAGGCUGUGACCUCCGAGAUGACCGGGGACUUGAGGGCCUCCCCGUAUGGUGGUGGGGCGAGGCCAUUUGGUGCGCUGAUGUUUCCGAAGAAGGGAGCAUUUAUCCUCUGCUCGUUCAGCAGAUUCAACUUCUUGGCGCGGCGGCGCCGGUAGAUGACGAACAGCGUGAUGCUGAGGACCAGCGCAACCAGGACUGGGCGACGAUGUUAGUGGUGGCUCAUGAUCAGGAGCAAGGCAUAUAUCAAUAUGACGACGCAGUGCACGUACCGAGUAUCUGCAGGACCAGAGCUGUGGAAAUAGGGGAUGUGGUUGAUGAUUCCCGUCUUGCCGGGGCGGGAUGCGCCGGUGCCUCCGACGUGCUCACACUUCGCCUCCGAACGGCAAAUCCAUUCCGUUCUGUGAUCCAGGAUUCCACCGAGUCCAGCAUGUUGUCGAGUGGCUGGCGCUUGCGGAGCGGUGCCCGCGGUGGUUGGCCGGGUAUUGUGACCAUUAUGACUAGUACCGGUACUGCGGUGACACUCUUCUGGUGGUGGCGACUGUCUCGGAAGUGUUCGUGAUCCGGGGAGUGGUCCCAAGAAAGAAGAGGUGAGGAAAAGCAAGCGUGAGCACGAGCGGGAGCAAACUAAUACAUAUUUCUACACCGCGGCCAGCCCUAAACCUGUGCCGUGAGCACGGAUGGACGUGCAGGGCUACCGGCUGCCGACCGAACUCGUCUACAUGAGCACAUGAACCAGCGAGCUAUUUUCCCAUGUCAUCGCCUUGGUGCGAUGCUAGGUUUCCUGUCAGUCCGGUUAGGGCACCCCACAUGCCAUGCCCAAGUUUAUCGAUCGGCAGGGGCAGGGGCAGGGGUGCCCAUGGGCCGUCUAAAUGAAUGCAGGAGGGCGUUCCCCCGCCCAGCUGCCGCAUUGGGAUGACGGAGGGCCUUGCGGCUCGGAGUAUGGAUGUUAAUGUCAGACGGACGUGCCUGCUGCUCGCUCAUCAAUCAAGGUUGCGCCGAGGUCUGACUGAUGUCACGAUUAGACUUCUGCUGUUCUUCCUCUCGAACUCACGGUCGGAUAUAGAUAGACCUCCGCUCUAGCCUAUAGGCCGGCGCGAAUGGAUGCCCAGGUGUUGCUCAAUGCAGACGACGCCCGCACACAGCACGGGCACACAAAUGGUCGGAUGAGCAUCCCAUUUGCUGCAUCCCGCCAGCCCGCACCAUCG